AUGGACAUGAAAAUGAAUGUCGAGAUUCAUGCAAUCAUUGGCAACAAAACCCAAUCUGCAAUGCCACUUUUAAAACUUCCAGUGGCAACAAAAACCAAGAAGACGCUCAAGAGCCUUUGGUCAAAGGACACCAAGCUUUGCUCCACUUUAGCAUAUCCUCCCCUCACAAUACCAGGCCUCAGGUAUCCUUUGCAUCGGAGGAAAAAGUAA